CUGGCGACUAGUGCGACCCAGGCUAUGCUCCCCCAUACCCUGCACAGACAGCAGAUCCGGCGAUCACAAUUAAUCCCUGGGUGUUGUUGUCAUCAUCAACGACUGUACAUGUUGGUUGCUGCAUGCACAUCCUGGGCUCGCCUGUUUUCCGCUCCCUUUCCGCUGUAUUUUCUGUUUGUACUUUCUUGUUCCAAGCAUGAGUCGCUACCGCACAGUGGCUGAAGACAUGGAUAAUGACGACGGGUCGCUGGAUUUCUCCAGCGUUGACAUCGCCAGCCGGCAAGCCAGCACUGCAGCACUACAGUACAUAUCAUCCCCCUCGCCCUCGUCCCGGCCCGGCCCCGGCCCGCUCCAGUACCUGACAUUGACGCUAGCGCUAGGCGGGCUGCAGUUUGUGUGGUCGGUGGAGACUGGCUACGGCACCCCCUACCUGCUCUCCUUGGGACUGAAGAAGUCGCUUCUAUCGCUGGUGUGGCUGGCCGGGCCGCUCUCGGGGCUGGUCACGCAGCCGCUGGUGGGGGCGCUCAGCGACCGCUGCAUGUCGCGGUUCGGGCGGCGGCGGCCGUACAUAAUGGGGGCGACAUUGCUGGUGGUUCUGUGUCUGGUGGUGAUUGGGCGGCAUUGGUGGCAGGUGCUGGCGUUCUAUGUUCUGGACUUUGCCAUAAACUGCAUCCAGGCGUGUCUGCGCGCCCUAUUGGCACAGGCGUGGGCAUCGCGCAUGAUCGGCGUGGGCAACGUCGUCGGGUACUUGCUCGGGUUCGCCGACCUCCCGCGGCUCCUGGGGGUUCUGGGCGACACGCAGUUGAAGGUGCUCAGUAUGCUGGCGUGUUUGGCGCUGAUGGGCAGUGUGUGCAUCACGUGCUGGUUCACACCCGAGCAGCCGCUGCGCCAGGCGCCCAGCGCGCGCGGGCUCACGCACAUGUUCAGGCAGAUCUCCCGGGCCUUUGGGUCGUUGCCAAUGGUGGUGAGGCGUGUCUGUACGGUGCAGCUGUUUUCGUGGAUCGGCUGGUUCCCGUUCCUGUUCUACAGUACCACAUAUGUGGCGGCAUUGUCCGACCACAGCGACGAGGCAGAAGGCGCGCGCGCCGGCUCGUUCGCCAUGUUCACAUAUGCAAUGGCGUCGCUGGCGUUUUCGCUUGUUCUGCCGUGGCUGGGCCGUCUCUUCAAUGUGCGCUUGGCGGUGAUGUGGAUGGCUGGGCUGGCGGUGUUUGGCGUGGCAAUGCUGAUGACUGUGUUUGUCGAGAGUGUUCCCUCGGCGACCUUGCUGAUUGGCGUGUGCGGGUUCUCGUGGGCGGUCACGAUCUGGGUGCCGUUCUCGAUUAUCGGCGAGGCCAUCAGCAAGCAGAGCUCCGGGUAUGCACUGGUGGGCGAUGCGAUCCCAAUGCAUGAGCUGGGCGAGCACAGGCCGGCUAUGCCAGUCGAGGCGGGCACGGUGCUGGGCAUCCACAACAUGUACAUUGUGGUGCCGCAGUUCAUCACGGCGUUUGCCAGCAGCCUGAUCUUCGCCGUGUUCGAGCGGCUCGGCAGCGUCAAGCAUGCAAGCGAGAUCGCCUGGGUUCUGCGGCUCGGCGGCGUAUCGUCGCUGGUGGCCGUGUACUUUGCCUACAAGCUGGUAAACUGA